AUGGGAGACGCGAUAAUCUUGAUCUUGGGUUUGGCGUGUGUUGCCUUUCUUUCUGUAGUCAAAGCCGAACCAGAGCUUGGAUCGGCUCGUGUCGUCUUCCAGACGAGUUAUGGGGAUAUCGAAUUUGGAUUCUAUCCAAAGGUUGCACCAAAGACAGUGGAUCACAUCUUCAAGCUUGUUCGUUUAGGUGGCUACAACACUAAUCAUAUCUUCAGGGUUGAUAAAGGUUUUGUUGCUCAAGUUGCAGAUGUAGCGAGUGGAAGAUCAGCUCCAAUGAAUGAGGAGCAAAGGAAAGAAGCUGAGAAGAAAAUUGUUGGAGAGUUCAGUGAUGUCAAACAUGUCAGAGGUACUCUCUCCAUGGGAAGAUAUGAUGAUCCAAACAGUGCACAAUCUUCGUUUUCGAUGCUUCUUGGUGAUGCUCCUCAUCUUGAUGGCAAGUAUGCUGUGUUUGGUAAAGUUACCAAAGGAGAUGAGACAUUGAGGAAGCUUGAAGAAGUUCCUACUCGCCGUGAGGGGAUUUUUGUAAUGCCGACGGAGAGGAUCACGAUUUUGUCGACAUACUAUUACGAUACUAAAAUGGAGAGCUGCGAAGAGGAGAGAUCUGUCCUGAGAAGAAGGCUUCAAGCAUCUUUUGUAGAGGUCGAAAGACAGAAAAUGAGAUGCUUCCCGUGA